UAUGCAACUCAAAAUAUGGCGGUGGCCGAUCAUGGAGAGUUGAGGUAAUUUCUUUGCAUUAUACGUUUUCUUCACAGCUUUAAACGAUCUUAUUAGAGGCAUGUUAACCUAAAAUCAUUUUUUCUAUCCAGUUAUUCACUUGUUGAGGAGAUUGAGCUUUUGGAAGCUAUAUAUAUUCACGAGUUAAACGUUCAAGGUCCACGUGAAACACAGGAAAUUGUCUUGUGGAAUCGUUCGAUGCAAUUCAAAAGACGAAUUUUAAACGGCACAUGAAUUAGCAUAUAUGAUUUUUACAGGCUUGAGAAUCAUCGGGAGAAUUGCCCGCUGAUUUUGUCAAGCGAAUCAAAUUGUCCCGGAAUCAUAUGUGAUGAUGACUGAAGUUCUGCUAAAUCAUAGGUGAUGAUUUUUUCAGCAAAGUCAAAAUCAUUCGUGGAAUCAUAACGUACGAAACCGUGAGUGUCUGGAAUCAUCACCAGGCGAUUCGCUGCUGUUAUGAAAUCGUUUGUGGAAUCAUAACCUUGUGCCCAACAAAAGGGAACGUUGGAUUCACGAGUGAAAGAUCGGUCGUCGAACUGUCAUAAACCGAACUAGGAUCAGACGAAGUUGAAACGAAGACAAAUAUGAAAAGUGUAGCAGAAGAAGUCUUGUAGUUCCUAGCGUGCGCGCAUAAACUAAAACUUGAAAGGGGCUUGGUACGAGAUUUGACCGUGUACCUCUGAUCUAACACGAAAAUCCUGUUGUAUUUUAUUGAAACUUUCAAGUUGAAAUCGUUUAAUCUGAAGGUAGUUGAAGAUCGUGAUCAUCCAUGGAUGCAGGCCGGACCUUUUAAAGGUAAACUUUCUUGCUUUGCUUCAUAAAUAAAAUGGUAAUACAUUUACAUUCAAGUGAUGGUACUCAUAGCAGAAGCUUGUUAACGUCAAAAACAUGUGUAUACUACCUGUAUACUGUUGCCUUUUGCUGGUUGGGUAAUUUAUUUAACACAAAGAGACCUUCACACACACACAAAAAAAACAAUACCACUGAUGUUAUAAUUUGUAUGAUAGCAGGAAGACCUGUUUUACAUCAAACUAAAUAAAACAGUUCAUUUUGUAUAGCAGAAAAUAACACUAAUUUGCAUAUUUUUUGGAGUAAAUUUGACAGAAUAUUGAAUAACAAUAUCUAUAUUAAUUAUAACCUUAAAUUAAUUUAAACUAUAAAUCACAAUUUACAAUGGUGAUUUGAACAAUGCACAAAGUAAUUAAGUGUAUAAAAUCAUUCAUAUUUUGAGUUAAACAACAUUUUAAAUGACACCAAACCAGUUAAGGUAUAUGAUUAUUAUUAUGAUGAUUGUUGGUGGUAGCCCCCAUUCAAUUAUCCCCAUCAUUUGAAAUCUGGAUUACCCCUGGGGUCAAACAGGUCCAAAUUAAAAUGAAACACAAAUAUUUUAAUUAAUCAGAGCUGUUCUCUAGCAGAGACCAUUGGCUCCUAGUGCCUAUAAGAGGGGGCUGAAUAGGGGUAUGCAAAUCCGCCGAUCCGUUAUGAUUUAUUGGCCAAAUCCGCCAUUAAAAUUUCGCCCUGAAUCCGAAAUCCGGGCAAAAAUAUUUUUAUUACACGUAAAGUUCAAAAUCCGGGCCUAAAAAGUCGAUGAAUCCUCAAUCCGCUGCAAUUACAGGAUCCGGAAAUCCGUUAAAAUCUCGCUUUGAAUCCGAAAUCUGGGCAAAAAUAUUUUCAAAAUCCGCCGAUCCAUUCGCCUAUUCACCCCGCUCCUGUAACUCUUGCUCUCAAGCAACUUGAAAGUCUUACUUUUUUCAUUCAAAUCAUAUGCUGGGCACCCUAGGUGUUACAGCCUUACAGCACAGCCUUGAACUUUAAUAACAUGUUGCACUUAAGUGCCGAUGAGUUUUUAAGAUCCAGACUUGAUCAAACAACACAGAAAUUUUGAAAUGUUAAGUACAAUUUGUUCUCUUAUUUUACUUUUUUGUACUUGUCAUAGAUAUUGACUAUCAGUCGAGAAUUAUAUAUAGGCCUGAACACCCAACAACUGAUUUUUUUAAAGGCAGGGCUGCCACCAGGGGCCAAGGAGCAAGCAUUUUACUUUUGAGAAUGAUCCUUGGUUACUUUUGUAGGGAAACAAAGGCAAAAUGGAACCAAAUGCAAAGAACUUUCUAACUUUUCGAUUCCCCACCUUUUUAAAUAUGAACUGUCCGUAAUAGAGACGUGUCCGUAUUAUAGAGGUGUUUAUAAGGAGAGGUUAGACGGUAAUGUCUAAUGGUAAACUGAUGACAUCACAUGUGUAGGAAGAGCCCAAUGAGAGUGGAUGCACGUUGACAAUUUUGGGCAGCUCAUUCAGAUGUAUUUUCAAGGGUUCUUUUUUGCCCAUUUGGUACUUUUUCAGUUUGCAGACUUUUUUGUCUACUUUUAAAAGUGUAUGUUUCACAGAGUUUUGGAUCCAAAAUUCAAGACUUUUUCCAGACUUUUUCCAAAACAAAAAUUAUUAUUUCUCUUUCCAGACUCAAAUUUAUCAAAUAAAGGUGACAAACAGAGACCUUUAAAAAACACAGGAAUCAAGCUUUUCUCAUGAUGCACUAUAGUAAUCACAGUGCAAAAAAUUUACCCUUUUUUCCUGUCCUUUUUAUGAACAAUGCCUGUUUAAGCUUUCCAAGCCCUUUUCUGUUCACUACAAGGCCAAAAAGACUUAAGCCUAUCGAAAAUGUUGUUUCUUUUAGUUAGUAAAUAGAUAAAGAAUACAAAAUGUGAGGUGCAAAAUGUGUUUUCCAAAUGGUGAACAGAUACCUUUCACUUAAUCUUAUCUUCUUUUCUUUCACCCCUUUAACUUGAUAAUUUAGUUCUCUUCAGUGUGGGAAUAGUUUUGAAGGAAGAUUAUAUUGUACAAAUAAAUGAACAAGAUUUUCAUAGCAAUUUUCCGGUCACCUUUGCAAUGUUUUCCCUGGCACAAAUAUAGUAAUUUCAUAGGUAUGUGGAAGGAUCAGGGUCAGUAUGGGUGCAGUGUCCAAUUGUUUUAUUUCAUAUUAUUUUACAAUUACAUAUUUUGCUGCAAUUAAAGUAUAUAGUUGUUAGUGGUAAACAAUUUCAAACAUUAAAUCAAAUAUAUUGAGACUGUCAAACUAUAAUAUUAUUCCAAACUGUAUAAUUUGGAAGCGAAUUAAAAUAACUAUUAUUGUACAUGUAUGAAGUGCUCGUUAGUAAACAGAAAUGAUGUAAAUGAGUAGUGUCUCCUUAUUGUGCUAUUUAGUCAUUUACAUACAGCUGUACUCUAGUCAUCGACUCAGAUUAGCUACCAGAAGAUAGUUCUUUUUGACUGGAAGCAAAGUCACUCUCCGUAUCAACCGUCUAACAUUUACGAUGUGCUCUCCACGAUAUAAGCUGUUCUUUACUGCAGGAAGUCCAGAGAGUUUAUCCGCAUCAUGGUUCUUGUUGGCAAAAUAAAACCAGUCCACACUUGCAAGGUGAUGAACUCGCAUACUAGUAGCUCCCAUCAAGUCUUUCAAAUGAACUCGUGCAGUAAAAAAAUAACGUACCUGACCAAAGUAAGGAGAAACCUCAGUUUUACUUUCAGGUUUGUCUAAUUUGUCCACACAAUAGAUCAGAGCUGUCUGGCCCCUGUCAGUUCUGUUGUAAGAGGAUGAAAAGGUGGAACCAUUUACCAUACAUCUCGCAAAGGUAUCUAUACGGGGCUCGACAAACAGAAAUGAAUCCUCAUGGAUGUCUGACAUGUAAUCUUUCAGCUCAUUGUAAAAUUCAAACUUUGGUCUUUGCUUGAUCCUCAUUGGAGGAAGCAUCUUAACAGGCCAUUUUUGGUCGAUUUUGUCUAUGUCCUCUUGUUCAACUGUCAUUUGGAUGUCCAAAUUGGUCACAGAUGUUCUUGAGGGUGCCAUGUACAUAUUUUCUGUCCCUCUGAAAAGACGUUCUGCUUGGAUUCUUUGAAAAACUGACCAUUCUUCUGUUCCCUCUUCCAGAUGUUCACUGUCUUUGUGUUUCAUAAGUGGCUUUAAAGAAGAGGGAAUAUCAUUUUCACUUACCUUGUCAAGUAGUGGUAACUUUGCAACAUCAAUUAAAUGCUGCAUGACAAAGUUUCUAAAAAUCUCCUCUUCUACAGUUUUCCCACUGGUGUUGACAUCUCCUAACAGACCAAUGUGUCUUUCAUAAGGAAAGCACCACCAGCUGGUAGGAGGUCCCCAAUUCUGAAUGAGCUUAGGGAUGUGUAGAGUCAUGUGAUAAUUAACACUUACCUCAAAUUUUCCAAACACUUUUGAAUACAGUCCAUGGUGCUUGUGAAGAAGACAAGAGAUAUUGUUUACUUCAUCCCUUGUUAUGGGGUCUUUCAGAAGCAGUUCAACUGCCUCAGCAAGACAUUUUGUGGCAUCAUAAAAUCUGUUUGGUACUACAUUCCAUAAACAGACCCUUGCAUAGGUGACAAUGAAAUUCUUCCACUGUUGUGCUUUCAACCCGCGCUGACAUCUUGUCGAGCAUUGUCUUUGGUAGCCUUCCAAGAUCGUAGGGCACCCUCACAGCAUUCAAUCUGUUUGCCAAGAUGUCUCUCUCCUCCUCUGUCAUCAAGUUGUUGGAAUUAGUUAUAAGUUCUUCCCCAAGGUCUGAAACAAGGCCCAUCAAGAUGCUGUGCAUGGGAUCAAUUAAGAAAUUUUCAACCAUGUUGAAGUAUGGCAGACGAGCCAGUUCACUGUACUUUACUCCUGUUUUUGAGACAUUGCUAGUGCACUUGCUUUUGUUGUUGCCUUUCUAUAUAUACCCAUUGCCUUUAAGACUCACUGUCAGUCCGUGCUGGUGAUUUCUAAACUUGUGUAAAAACUCAUCUUGCCACUUGCCCCUCUGGUGCCCUUUUCUCGAACUGCCCGAAACAUACAUUUAUCACAUGGAAGAUCGGCCUUGUGACUCUUGUAUUGUGAUAACUUCCUUGAGGCUGGUAUGUCUGCAAGUACUGGAAGAAGUAGAGAACGGGUGAAGAUGACCUCAGGCCCAAGUACUUGAACGUGAAUUCCUUUGUAUAACAUGAUCAAGUCGUCUACAAUUGGGGUCAAAUAAGUAUUGAUGUGACCCUCAGGUUCAGAUGGACCUGGAAUUAGACCGAUCAGCAUUGACCACUUUGCUUUAAAACGCUGACUCUUUGGAAUGUUAAGGACACUCAUGUACAGGGCUCCGCAUGAAUAAAACCGCUCGUUGAAAUGGAUUGAAAAAAUCUAGGUAAAGUAAAAGUGCCAAAUUCAUUUUGUCCUUCAGAAGAGGCUUUGUGUUGUCAUCAGGAUCCAUUAGAAAUUCCUGAAGAAUACGCCCAUCCCAUAUGUCCCUAUAAUCAGUUGUUGAUGGUUCAGGCCGGUUUCUUAUGAGAUUUAAGAAUUCUUCCAGAUUAAAAAUGUCUUUAUCCACUCAGAAGGUGCUAAAAAGGAUAUGUCUUAUAUGGAAUCAUUUUAGUUUUUCCAAAUGAAAGCUUUCGUUCAAAAGAAAGUUCUGCAUUACACCUUUUCCCAUAUAAUUUGUUCCUGCAUAAGCGAGGCUUUAAAACCCCAUCCCUCUCAGAACUAAUAUCAUUCAUCUGGUAGAGACACGAGCAUUUGGGGUUGGGGCAAACAGCAAAAAGUAUUGUUUUGUUGAGAACCUUAAGAUUGGCAAUGGUUUCAAGGUCACUGAUUGACUUCGGGAAAAGCAUAUAUAAGGGAUGACGUAUUACCCAAAAAAUGAAAUAAAUAAGAUCUAGCAACAUAGAAAAAAUAGCAUUAGAUAAAUUAAAUGAUAGUUUUAAACGUAAAAGUAUUAACGAAAUCCAGCGAAUUAGUUUCCCUUCUUCUUUUGUCUUUAUGACAUCUUCUUUCAGCUCUUCCUCCUUGCACUGGUCUGCACCAUUUACUGCAGCACUUUCUCCUUCCAUCAUGUUUUUCCUCUCGUCUGCUUCGGAUUCAGUGCUGCAGUCUGAUAGUUCUAUAGUGUCUAGAGGUGUGAAUUACCAGAAGUAUAUUAGUAUUUACAGUCAUGCAUUCUUCAAAGACUGUAGUUUUUAAGUUACAUAUAUUUGGCAAUAAACAAUGAAUUUAAAAAGUCUCUCUCAUAGACAGAAACCCUGAGAACAAACAAGCAGCUCAUUGUAGUGCUGAAUACAUGUUAAUGUAGAUUUAGCUGCAGUCAGCUUUUGAAUUGAUUAUCCACAACCAAUCACACAUGAGACAGUAUUAAGUUGUUGUCCUCCGGCAGCUGAUCAGUCAGAUCAUCCUAAUAUUAAAUUCCUAGACAAUUAUUAAUAGUUCCCUUAUGCACCUAUCAAUGUGAAGUCGGUGGGGAGCUGCACAUUGUUGUUUAAUCUCAAUUAUAGAAUUCCAACUAAUGGCCCUGUCCCAUGGAUAUAAGAUAUAAGAAUGUGAUGUUAUGAUCUUUUGUGAACAACAACAAAAAGGUUAAAAAGUCUUAAGGUUAAUAAUUAUUCUUGAUUUCCAGACUGUACGGCACAUGCGUGAAGUGGAACACAUGUGAUCGGUCUUGACAAGUCUGAGUUAGUGGUCAAUAUCUCCACAUGCCACGUCGGUAAAAAAAGGAAGGUUCAAAUAUCCCACCCCCCAGAAGAACAUUAGUCAAAUGCUUAACUCCAGGGCCAACAGAAAACAUUCAAAUCCUUAUGCAAUGCCCUUCCUCAACCCCCCCUCCCCCCCUCAGGCUUUACAUGGACAGGUGCAUUAAACAUCUGUAUUAAUUCUCUGUUCUGUAUCAGGGUUGUCAUUAAGAGCCGGGGGCCGGGGAUUUUCCCCGGCUACUUUUAUCGGAAAAUAGAAGAAAAAUAGAACCAAAAGAAAUCCCUGGCCAUUUGAUUCCCCGCCUACUUGUUGUAUUUACCCGGCAACUUGAAAUCUUAGUGACAACCCUGUGUAUGCUCAUUAAAGUCUACCAAACAAAUUGAGGGUUACUUUGAUUUCAAUUCUAAACUGAUACAGAUUUCAUGAAAGUAAAAAUUAUACCUUUUAAGACAGCAAUCCCUUGAUCUUCCUUGUCACUUUCUUCAGAGUCAGCAAGUCCAUUUUCACCUGAAAAAAGUUAAAAUUGUAAUCAGUAUGGGGAAUUAUUCCUCCCAAGGAAGAGGACCCCACUAUGAGAUGAGUAAAGUGGUGUCACCUCUUCCCAUUAACAUCUGUGUGAUUGAAGGUUAUGUUGCCUGUAGUUAAUUCAUUAACUGAUCCUUACAGACGAUCCAAUCAUAGCCAUGCAAUUAACUACAAAGCCAAUGAUCACCAGGAUAGAGUACCCCAGAGUUAAAUUGACAGGGAUAAUAAUUGAAAGAGGUUAAAUCAAAACCAACAGAAGAAGACGUGUGGCACUAGCACUACCAUAUGCCAAUAACGUUGUUUAAGAUACCCCCAAAAAAUCCUUGGCUAAUUCAAGGCACCCAAAAUAAUACCUGGCCUGUCACUUUUACAUCGGAAUUCUCCUACUAGCAAGGAUUAUAGGCAUUGCUUUUAAGAUUUAUCUCACUAUAUACUGGUAAGGUUGUUUUGAUUCAGUAAAAUUCAUGAUAAAGGUAUUGAUAAAAAAUAUACCUGAAUAAAUUUGCAUUUUAGUUUCCUCAGCACUGAUGUUAUUAUUGCUACAUGUCAUGUCUAUCACAGAUCCUUGAACUUCACCUGGAGCAAACAAAAUCCAACAUUUAAGGUGGCUGCUAAGAAUACUGGCAAUUAGAUGUUCUCAAGCAAUGAGUCUAUGUUUUCAUUAUUUUUAAUGUAGAAAACAAAACAUAUUUUGAGGAGGAGUAAUAAUGUAUUAUAUUAAUAAGUAAUUAAUUAUUAUUAAACUGAGUGGUCUUAAUUGCAACAUUAAAAUAUCCAAGUCAAACUUGAAUGUUAUUGUUUUUCGAUUAAGUUUGCAAGUAAUAAAAAAUGUUGUAUAUGACUGUUAUAAAAAAAUAAAGCUGAAAUGUAAGCUUUGGAAAUGGUGUCGGUAUGUUUUUGUGUGUUUAUUCCUGAAUUAAAUACUAAAUACUAUGGUGACUGCUGUCUCAGAAGCAUAAAGAGUAUUAAGUGGGGAUGAAACUCUAUUUUCCUAAUGGGGCUAUACAUAAUUAUAAGACCAAAGAUGAAAAAAAAAAUAUAAACUGUGCCUCUUUUAAAGUUGACUUUCUUUUUUCUUUGACGAUCAUGUAUACACAAUACAUGUCAAAAUUAAGUUCAGGUUAAAUUUUUCUAUCUAGGUACAUAUUGUCUGUUUCCUUUGUCUCCUAGCCCCAAUAAUAUUAUUCACAUGAAUUAGGGUUUGGAGACAAAGGAAAUUGAGAAUCAACCUAUCAUAUUAGGUUGAAAUUUUUUCAGCUGAAUUUGAUUGACUUGUAACAUAUAUCUCAGGGGCUGAUCUAGGGGGGGGUGAAGGGGUGUGCACCCCAUCCCCUGAGAUGACCUGCGGUUUUUUCUAAUACAACUGGUAUUCUGCAAAAAAAAAACUAUGUAGUUUAUUGGUGUUGAAGUAGAGAAAGAGACGAGUGCACCCCCUCCUAAAAAAAAAAUCCUGGAUCCGCCUCUGUAUCUUAUGCUAAAAACAACUGAGAAGUUCCCUCCUCUUCCCGUAUUUAGGAGUCAAUUUGCUGACUUUCAGAAGCCAGAGUUAGUGUUAUAUCCAAGGCUGAAAGUAGCACAAAGACAACUGACAGUAAUGUCCAGGAAAAGAGAAUUCAAGCCCUUCUAUCAUACCUACUUUCUAGAAAAAUCUAAAAUCAUUUCUUGUAAUAAAAGUACUUCUUGAUGUGACUCACCAAUAAGAGUGUGAGCAUCAUUAGUGACAUUCACCUCACAUGACCCAGAUUUGAUGUCAAUAGAGGGAGGGUUGUCAUGUCCAGCUGGCUGACCAGCGGCAUCUUGAAGAAAUAAGAUACAAAAAAAAAUAGAAAUGCACCAUCAUGUGAAGUUAAAAAUUCCGUUGUAAUUCAAUCAAAUCCAUUUACUUUUUCCAAUUAAAUUAAGUUUUUUUGACUUAUUUUGCCGAAUGGUCCAUAUUCCUUGAUUGCAAAUCCGCGAUUUUGAAUUCCAAAUUCCUCAAGUCCAGUCCCAAAUCUACUUUUCCCAGUAAGUUUUCCCAGUUGAAGAUUUACGCGGCAUACAUAUGUAUUUAAAUCGACAAAGUGCUAUCAAUAGAAGAAAAGACUUACCUGGUAUCUCUGAUGUCCUUAAAUUGGAAAAUUUGGCUUUUUUAGAUGGCUGCCCGCUGCAUUUGAUGUUCUCCGUGUACCGAUCUAAUCCAUAAAGGUUCCGAUGUCUGAAAACAGUCCGUCUUGAGCGCAAGCAACCUCGGCAUUCGGGGCAGAAACACGUCUGAUAAUCAGCCAUUCUGAACUAACUUAAAUAAUCUGUAUUUAAUUCUUGGGUUUGUCAUACAUGUACGAUCUGCUGGAUAUUUUGGUGCUCCUUUUUCGCGAGAUAGCGCCAAAUUGCGCGAAUGUGGCGAGCUUUAUUAUUGCGUGACAAUGUUUGCGCUAAUUUGACGCAAGUUGAAAUUUUUCGGUGGACGCAAGGAGAGAAAUUGCUCCUUCAAAGGGGGGUUUUUGGCGGAAAAUGGAAGUGCAAAACCCAGAAGAACUUAUGAAAGUGUUACUCGAUAAUCCGUCGGCUAGAAGCCAGUUGAAUUCCUUUGUUGAGCAAGCAAUUGCGAAAAGUCACGUAAGUUAAGUGUGUUGUUUUUGUUGCGGGUUUGCUUGAUAAUUAAUUAAGAGGUUUCAUGACAACACUUAAUUGACAAAAAAAUUCUUCCCUUUUGUUUUCCUCUAGUCACCUGCACCGUCAAAAGUUGUACCACUGGUAAGUAAAAGCCAAAUGUUACAAUUUACUUAAACGCUAGCUUUUGGGGGAAAAAACUAUAUACUAGGACAUUUGUUGACGUCAGCUGCAUCUUUCAGAUGUAUAUUUCGACGGGACAUUUUACUUGAUUUUCACGCUAUGUAGUGUAUGGCAAAUCCACUUUUAAUAUAUCCUGUGAGCUACUUUUUUAAAAUAAACUCUGUAACUGAUCUGACUCAGAUGGGGGCACAAAUUUGAGCGCUUUUUGGAGCCGGGUAGGGCACUAAAAUCACUUGUUCAAAGUUCGGUCCUCUACAGUCUGCAACUGAAGUCCUUCUGUCAUUAUUUCAUAGAUUAAUAAAUGUUAUGAACUGAAAACCUUGUAUGACACAAAGAACUACAGUACAUACACAUUUUCAAAUUGACAUACAAAAAUCCAAUUAAUAAAUAAUUCAAUAAUUUGUGACAAAAUAAAUCUAUAAAACUUAUUAACCCUCGGACGUACAACGGUGGGGGGUUGGAUGCCACCCCCCUGCCCAUAAGGUUUUCUCCCAGAGGAUAUAACAUCAGCACCUGAUCUUUUCAGUAGCUAUUCGUUCAUCCCUCGCACAUAUUUUGAGUCAAGUUUAAUUUUUUGGUCAUGGUCCAUUUCUAUGGUUACGAGAUAUGACAUCAAGUAGGAGGUGGUCAAGCCAUUUUUGAGUGAAAGUACAUUUUUUUCCAACUUUUUCAAAAAUAACUAAAUCUUGUGGCCAAAAUCAUACAAAGUGCUUAAUUGUGUGUUAUUUUUCAUCUGAAGCACAAAAAAAUCACCAUUUCUCACAAUUUUAACCUGAUUUCUAAUCCUUGGUAAAAUCCAAGAUUGCAACCAAAGAUGGCAACCAUUGUUGGUGAUGUCACAGGCCCCCAGCAGCACCACCACCCAUAAAAUAUACCUCAUCUUGUAGAGAAGAUGAAAGGCUUUCCACCAAAGGUAAAAUAUCGUUACAAAAUACUGCAACAUAUCAAAAACUCUGGGGAUGGGUUCCAUCCACCCAGUCCCCCCCCCCCUUGUACCAUGGUGGGGGUAUGAAUUUGCUUGUACGUCCGAAGGUUAAUAUAAUAUCUUAUAUUCAUAUCAUUAUAAAAUGUAAUGAAACCAUAAAAAAUACUACCCUAAUUGCUUCAAAAAUAAUAAUAAAAAAGAUGAACAAGGUGCAUUUUUAUUUCAUAUAUUGGGUUUUGAGGCAAAUCUGAAUAAUAGGGGAAACAUAAUCUACCUAUAGAUCCACAUAUCGCAAAAAAUAUAUUAACCAUUUAAUUGACUCAGUGAUAUUUCCUUCCACUUAUAAUGAGCACAACAUAUAUUUAAUUAUGUGGCUGAGAUUUGUAAGACAGUGAGACCCUUCCAUAUUACAUGUUGACUUAAUUAUAAUUCAACAGAUAUGCUCUUGUUGAAAUAUUUCACAGGACAUUAUACGAGAUGCAUUUGAAUUUGAAUUCAAGGAUCAAAUUAAUCCAGGAGAAGGUAUAAUUAAACAACCUUAUUCUUCCUAUAAUUUAUUACCGGUAGAUAUAGUGGGAGGAAAUCAAAUGUAUAAUUGAAUCCUAAAAGAAUAUUUGCAUCUUAAAUGUUAGUUAAGAAGUCGGAUGUAAUGUAUGUGUUUAGUUUGAAAAUUGAAGUUGGGAACACGUAUUGUCCAUAUAUUAAAUUUAAUUUAUUAUCAGUUGAUGUUACUCGAGUGGGGUGUAUUGACUGUUUUAAAUUCUAUUUGUGCUAAUAAAAUGGCAAUAAUUUAAAAUUCGUAACAGUGCCUUGGUCAGAUGUUCAAGACUCUGUGAGAACUGAGAUGGUGGAGUAUGUAAGAGAGAUGAUGUCAUCAAGUGGUGUGUCAUUACCAACAAGAAGCAUUAUUGGAAAAAGGAUUAAAAGAUAUUAUAGGAGUCAAAGACACCAAGCUCAAAUUAAGGCAGACAAGGAGAAAAGAAGGAGACAGCGGUUUCUUAACAAAAGGAACCGUCUAACAAUGGUAGGAUUAUACUGUAUUUUUUAUUUUCAUACUCAAAUGGCUUAGAUGAGGGGAAAAUGAAUGGAGGGAUAUCGAGGUAGGGUGUUCAUGCCAGGACAAGUGAGGGACAGGAUUAAUGUAUUCUCCACUGCCUGGUUGUUUACAGCUGGCAGAUUAAGAUAAUUAACGCAGGGAUUAGUGAGAAAUUAAAUUUGAAUGAAUUCACAUAAAUAAAUGUAGGCUUAUUAAAGUGCCUAGCACAUGUACUUGUGUACACUACGUGUUACACUACGUGUGCUUGCGAAUUGACUAAUGAUUGUUGCAUCACUUGCAUGUGCAUUAAUUCACGUGAUUACUGACAUCAGAUGGACCAGGGCCUUUGUGGUGUCACAUUCCAUGAAUUUCAAAGGACACAUCCUAAGAAUGUGGAUAGAUUCUGGAAAAACCUCGCUAUACAGUUACUGAAGUGCCACUGACCAGUUGUUAUUACUGUAUCAUUAUUUAUAACUAUAUUAUUUGUUAACAAACCGCUGUUCCUUUCUUUCCACAAUGGCUUCAAUAAUUAAUCAAUGUCUCAUAAAUGUACCAAAAUGUUAACUUCCAGGAAAAGAGAGACAGGGAAGUAAGGAAAGCAUUGGAAAGGGAGGAGUUGAGCAGUGAAGAGAUAAAGGAGCUGAGAAGUACGAUUGCCCCAGUGGAAGCAAAGGAAGUGGUAGUUUACGAUUCUGGGGAUGAGGAUGCACGCUCUGACCUUCUACUGAAACGCAAGAUCAGUUUGGAGAGAGGCAGGAAAACAGCCAGGGAAAAUCAACGCAGGGGAAGUCGCCUGCUGGCUCUUCUUAGUGGUAAUAAGGCACCCAGUCAGCAAGUGUCUGUCAAAGACCUGAUGGAGCUGGCAAAAGAGAAUGUUCCACUGCCAGCAGCUAAGGCUCCAUCAGCUAGUCUGACCCCUCUGAGGUGCUGUACAACAUCUACUGCUGAUGCAGCCUUACGUGCACAACAAAAGAGGGGCAGGCUAGCAUUAACUAGAAAGCCUCAAACAAGCAUAGGUAAGUUAUCUUUGGGCCCAUCAAGUGAACGCAGCAACCUCAUGGUGGCUGCUGGGGCACUGCGCUCCUCACUGGUGGAGACUGAGGAUAGUUUAUCUAUGGCUGUUGACUCAUCACCAUUUCUCUUUCAGGGAGAUUUUACUGAUUAAGGACAGUGUAAGUGAGGCUACAUGUGUAAGAGAUAGCAAUACAGACCUGCCAAUUUGUGGCUAAAAUGUUACAAAGCCCCAUUAAUAUUAAACACUGGCACUAGCAUCCCCACAGAAUUUCUGUUUUAUAUUCAACAACGUAACAUUUCAUUUCAGAAAGAUAUCUCCCCCAAAAAACAUGAGAUAUGGGAGUCUUGUUGUGGGGCCAUGUGACAAGUGAAAAAUCAUGAGAGUCUUUGAAGCCAGAAUUGUGAGAGUUGGCAGGUCUGCAUGGCAAUAUUAAAAUAGACACUUUUUGGUCCAUUAAAGGAUCUUAUUUGAAAGGUUCGGUCUAAAUUAUUCUUUGGUUGUCUUUAAAAGACUGUGCUGUUUCUUUUAAUACAAUCAGUAAAAUCUCAAAUGAUUCAAUGUUUUGGAAUUGUCCCAUAGUGCAAUCAAAUGGUUGAUUGUACGAACAUCCUAGGAGAUUAAUUAGGAAGCAAUAUUAGCCUUUGAAUUUUUUUGUGGAUAACCAGAGUGCCUAAUUAGACAUGAAAUUCAAACACAGUGAAAAAUUACUGACUUUUAUGGUCUAUCUGCAGUCCUAAUUCCAAUAAAAGGAUUUAUCCUUGUGGAUGAGUGUGGACUCCCAUAAUAAAAUUGAUAGGGAUGCUUGAUUAUUUAGGUGUUCGAUUUACAGGUUUUGAUCCAAUCUCGUUCCCAGGUUUUUUCUCCUACCCGUCGAGAGACCCUGGCGGGUCUGGUCAUGUAUAUCCCAGAAUCCGGGACAGGUAGGAGAUAACCCUGGCUUUGAUCGCACCACAUAAAGGUGUUUAGGACAAAUAACCAAUAUUUUAACCCAUACAGGCACUGCUUGAUGUUGUGGGUAAAGAAAUUAAUUAUGUCUAUAUAAUUUGAUGAAAUGUGUUGGAGUUUAUCAUAAGUUUCUGUAAGGAUUCAAUUCAAGCCUGAAUCAAACCCGCAUAAUUUGUCCUCUUUUAGGGAUGUCACUCUAAUUUGUUAUUAUACUGAGCAUCAUGUCAUUUUUAUAUGGGAUUUGAAUUCCCGCAUCACUCAGGUUCCUUGAAUAGCAGCCCAAAAGUCCAGCUAACAUUAAUAUUUUAGGCUGACGCAAAAUAUUGAAAUUCAAAAUACAAAGUGUAGUGUUCCAGCUAGUAUAGGUCACUGACACAAACCAGUAGAUCGACAACAGAAUGAUGUAUUAAUUAUCUCUUCAUUCCCAGAAUGAAUAAUGACUCUUGUACUAGAUUUAAAAUCUGCUGAUGAAAUUCUGUGGUAUGACCAUUCAAAUGAAACCUCUUUGGCAUAACUCUAGGCGCUAUCUGUUUUUUUAGCACUUUACAGAAUGAAAUUUAAAAAUUUUGUCAGAUACUUUUGACAAUUGCAUGCCAUUCUGGGAGAGAAGUGGUUAUAAUUUAUAAUAUACAUGUAUAUAAGUAUUGAACCUUACAAUUCCUAAUAGUGACCCUGAACGCCAAUCAGUUCCUACUGGCAAUAUCAAUAUGUCAUCAAGAGAGAAGGUUCUGAGAACUUUCAUAGAAAUAGUCAUCUCCGAAGGGAAUAAGUUUUGAUCCUCUAUCAAAUUUUCUAUAAUGAGAUGUAUGGGAUAUCAUGAUCAGUCUCACAGAAUUUGUUUAUUGAUAUUGUCAGGCUUAAGGAGUAAAUAUUGGAUUUCACUAGUCUAAAAAGAGGAUGUCCAAGGGGAAUGUGUUUUGAUCUCCUAUUUAUAAUUCUCUAAUUCUGACAUGAUAUAAUUGCUUGCUCAACAAAUGAAUUCAACUGGCUUUUAGCAGAAGGAUUAUCAAGUACAUUUGUGUAACACUUUCAUAAGUUCUUCUGGAUUUUGCACUUCCAUGUAUAUUUCGUCAAAAAUCCCUUCUCGAAGGAGCAAUUUCUCCCCUUUGGUCGACCAAAAAUUUUUCAACUUGAGUCAAAUCAAUUAACGCAAACAUUGUCACACAAUAGUAAAGAUUGCCACAAUCGCGCAAUUUGGCGCAAUGCAGCAAAAAACAAAUUUGUUAUUUUACAUUGUUUAUUGAUAUUUGUUCAUUAUUAAUUGGAUUUCACUGGUCUAUUAAUGUUUAUUAAUUUAAACACGAACUUGAUUAUCUAUUAUUAACAUUCAGACAACAUUAUAUUUGUAUUGUAUAUAUAACAUCGCCAUUAAACUUACGUUUUCUCUGACAGCUGUUAUCUACACUGAUUCCUUGUGUAUUGUUAUUUUUCCAGAUUGGAUUAUUUUUGAUCCGCACACUUCACAGUGCAAUUUGUGGGGAGACUCUGGAAUGUUACUUCAGUUCACCAAGCAUUUUUCAAAUUGUUAUUAAAAAGGGAAAUGUUUGAAAAAAAAAAUUGUAUCUGAGCAUAAUUUUAAGACCCAAAUACACAAAAGCAAAAAUCAUUGCGAUGAUUUCCUGUAUAUUCACAUAUCUGAAAUGAGAGGAUUUGGGAAAUUCUUUAAUUUGGGGGGGGUUAUGAUUCCACUGACAGUAUACUCUCAAGCUACAAUGAGUGAUACUUUGAUUUUAACAAUGCGAUAGUGGGGGUUAUGAUUCCUCAAAUGAUUUAAUAAGUCUUGCAACAUCGUGGUUAUGAUUCUUAGCUAUGACAACACAGGUUAUGAUUCCUCAAAUGAUUUCAUAAAGCCUUUAAAAACCAGGGUUAUGAUUCCUGUGCCUGACAAAAUGAUAUGAUGACUUGGUGAAGCCUGGGCAAACCAAGGUUAUGAUUCCUCAAACACAUAAAAUCAUUACUGAAAUUACAAUUGGUUAUUUGACUAUGCCAUUUCCUGUGUGAAAGGUGCUGAAAGUUACUUUGAUUAUUUUUUAUUAUUAUAUAAAGCUUAUUAGUUAAGGAGCUUGCUAGAUUUUCUCAAGUAAUUUCAAUUGUUUUGAAAUUUUGCUCGGGUAAGUUGCGCGUCCUACUAUUUAUGGUUAUUGUAAUCACUGUACAUUUGUAAUUUUGUAUUUUACAUAUAAAUUAUAAAAAAAAUGUUUUAUGCAUUGGAAUGCGGGACCCAUUUUUAGUGAUACGUGUGCUAUACCUACGGCCCGGUCCGGGGUGCUUAAUUGAAGUAUUUGAUGAAAAUGUGCUGUCUUAGUUUCUCUACACACACCCUUGAGGGAAAUCCCACGGAGGGGGAUACUUGUCGCCUCUUCUAGAGAAGUGAAUUUUAGAUUUUGGUUUCUUGUGGGGUCUAUUAGAAAUGUCACUCGCCAAAAGGAUUGCCCAGAACUGCAAGAAAGCGCAAUACCAAGUCCAAAAAUCUGCCACGAUCUUGGUUGAAACCAAAAGCCAGAGGCUAAACAAAAGAAAAUCACAAAUGGUUGAUGACACAAAAUCCAAAAAACAACACAUUCUUGACGUAAAAACUGAAAACCCAAAUCCAAAAGUUGCCAUGUCCUUAAAACUGAAAUUCCUAAUUGCCCAAUGAUCAGUCUCCAUUCCUCAUACCUAGGUUUCACAAUAAUUUUCUUGGUGGUUACUGAUUUUUGCCUGAAUUUCAUUCAGUUAUCUGUAGUGUUUGUUUCUGUUUCUAUGUUUUCCCAUAAUAAUUCUUAUUCACAAGUGAAAAUUAUAAAAUGUUUCUAUUUUGAGCUAUUUAUUGGUAAUGGCAUAUAUAGGGAACAGCCCUGGGGAUCUGGACUGUCCCUCAGAUUCAAACCGAAAAACAGGCCUGCAGGGAUGGGGUGCAUAGAUAAUUUGUUUCAGUCUGAGUGUAUCCCUCCCCCUUUCAAGUACAUUUAGGCCUGGAUCUGCCAUUGAUGGUUCUUAUCAAUCUGUUGUGGACCAACAUUUUAAAAAAUGCACUUUACUUUAGUGUCAAUGUGUUUAGCACAUUAGUGGUCAGGUACUAAUUUAGGAUACUAUUUUUGAAGACACUAUUUUUACGUUCCCUACUGGAUUUGGUACCACUACUUUACGUGAUCUUCUGAGCAACAUGAAGGUCUAGCCGUUUGCAGGGCAAAGGCAAUUCCUUCAUUUGUCAGUAAUUUUAAGACCCCGAGUAAUGGUCGGGCCCUGGGAAUCAAACCUACGACCUCCCUCUCUGCAGUCAAGCAACUGAGCUAAUCCUCUUUUAAGGAGAAAUCACUUUUACUAUCUUCACUUGAAUCAAAACAAACCAUUAAGACAAACCAUUGCUUACAAUGGUUAGAUUUUCAACCUUUGUUGUUUUUUUUUAUAAAAAUAUUAUCAGGUUGAAAUUGACCACUUGUGAAAGAAUGAAACUACUCUACUUUAAAACAGUCUCCGUCUUCAUGCAUGAUGUUUCAAACCAUAUUACAUCAGAAAACCUUUGUGACGCAUUUACUCAUUCUAGACAAAUACAUUCAUAUGACCAAGAUCAGCUUCUGCUGGAAGUUUCUAUGUUAAACCGUCUAGAUUAAACAUUAUGCAGAAUUCUGUUGCUAGAUUUGGUACCAUCUUUUGGAAUUCUCUGAGUACCUCUACUUGUAAACUCUCUUGAAAGCAAUUUAAGGAAAAAAUCCUCUCCCCUGAGGAUAAUAAUAUAUUGAUUCAACACUUUUUCAAAGAAUCCACGGUCUGUAAUAAUGUCUUCCUGUUUAAAUAACUUUCUGUAGUUAAGCUAGUAAAUAUAUAGGUGUGUACUUCUUUUAACUAGUUACUUCUUUUUGUAUUUUAUUUAUUUAUUCAUUCAUUUUGAUUCUUUAUUCAUUUAGACACUUUUACUUAUAACUUAAAUUGUAAAGAUACCAUUGUUUUGUAAUUUGCUACAUUAUGUUCAUUUUACUUUGUAAACCCGUCAGAUUCAUAAUAAAGUUGUUGUUGUUGUUGUAGAAUGCUAUGUUUCGUCAAAUGGUAUGUACUGGUACGGUAAUAAUUUUGAAUACAACGUAAGACUGACUUUAUGAUAACCCUUUAAGAGGAGUAUUAAAGAAAUAUUCUAAUCAAGAUCAAGUUGUGUUUUGCCAUCUAAACAUAACAAUUUAUGUCUCUUUCAGUCCGACAACUGUCAGUGUCGUGCUUCAUCCAAGCACAGGAGAUGAUGAACAUAAGCGCUUUGUUUGCCUUACCUUAGUAAUUCACCUUCCACCAAAGGUAUUAUACGUACUUAUUGUACAUACAGUGGAAACUCUCGUAAGCAGACACUCGAGAGAAAUGAAAAAGGUGUCCAGUACUGGAGCUGGCCACUUACGAGAAUGGUUUUCAGACAUAAGUGGCCACUAGAGAUGUAAGGUUUAAAUGGUCGCUUACCGGAGCUUCUCCAACGACAAAUAAACAUUGGAAAUGCAAAAAACAGUUUGACGCUAGUGUCUGGCUAUACUGUUGUUCUGACAAUUAUGUAAUUCAGUCACAUGGUUAGCGUAAAAUUCAAGUGGUGUUUUGAAGUGUAAAUGGACAUGUAUGUGAAAAAAAGAAGAAAAAGAAACGUGGAAACUGAAAUAGAUUCAUAGUGAGGAACAGCGAUAUGAGUUGAUAUAUUAAAGUAGAAGAUUCAGAGGCAAAUGAGAUUUCAUUUUAGGUGUUCGCUUGUAAACCCGUUAAAGUAAAGUUCUGUUUCCAAAGAGGUCUGCUAAGAUGAUUCACAGCAGCCAAAAAUGCAAAUGUCAGUUGGCUUUUGAAUCUUCAGUGCAGUAAGCAAAAGAAUCUGGCCACUUUAAGCACAUAACACAGUUUCUGUUGUCCUAGGGAAAAUGUACACUUUUUCUUAGGUGUCAAGCGUGUCUGGACUGUAUCAUGAAAAAUUAAUGGAAUUGAUGUUGUGGAAGCUAAUGCUUCACUAAAUUAAGGGCACAAAAAUCAAUGUCAGUAAAUAAAAUUAUAGUUUGCAUUCCUAUAACGAGGCCUUUCUUUAAGCUGUAUUAUAUACAAGUGUUUUGAAAGAAUUCCUUGAAUUUGUUGUUCAUUACCAGCUGAGUAGUCUGAGUUAAAUCAUGAUAAGGAAAGUCUCUUCUUUCUUCUUUGUUUUUAGUACCCAUCAGAAUUACCAUCCAUUACUAUCAAGACUCCCAGAGGUUUAUCUGAAGCCCACAUUGAAAGGUAACAUUGUGUUGCCAAAGCUCAGUUACAAGUUGUUGCAAUGAUUCUAUUUGACUGAGAGCUUCUGGAAUGAAAUGCCACCGAAACAAUGUGUACAGCAUUGGUGAUAUAGAAAGAAAAAGUAAUGUCUUGAUACUGUAUUUCUGCAGCAUUUUGUCAAACUUGAGGGAACUUUCUGAGAAUUGCCUUGGAAGACCAAUGCUUUAUGAACUUAUUGAGGUAAAUUACAAUUAGAAAUAGUUAUUUCUGUUUAAAACUGAAUUACUUGCCAGUGCCUCACUGCCAUUAAAAUACUUCCUGUACACAUACCGUUUCUGGUUUGGUAACAAAGUUUAUUAAACAGAGACUUACAGAUAUCCUAAGGCAUUGGAUAGGGGCUUGGAAAAAUAAAAGAAUAUAUGCUUUAAUUUUAAAGCAUAUUGUGUAGGAAAGGGCAUUGAUCUAUGCAGGAUAUGCAGAAAUUUACACAAAUGGUAUCUGAGGCUCUCUAAUGGAGCAAAUGAAUUGACAUAAGGCAUCUGAUGUUUGCCAUGAAAAUGGCAUUACCAAUAGAAUUAUGCACAUAUUCUCCCACAAAACUGUAAGCAUGACAUUCAGUGCCUUUUUUGGUGAUAUCAAGGAAAAUUUUCAGUUCAAUGCAGAAAAGGCAAAGAUUUAGUUGUCAGAGAAAUGUGUGGAUCCACACUCCGCAGGGGGGGGGGGGGGGGAGGGGUACUCCGGGGAAUCCUUGGUGGGGGUGUGGUUAUAUCAGACUCAGCGAGGUGCAUGUGGAAUAGGGCUAGGGUUAGGGUUAGUUGGUUGGGGUUAGUUGGUUUCAGACCAAAAAAUGUCGUUUUUCCACACUCGUUUUCCGACCUAGCAUCUAAAAUCCAUACCCGUUUUCAGACCUGGACACUUGGAACUUCAUCGUUACUUAGAUUAGAACACCAACAAAGAGAUUUCUUAAAAUCUAUUUUGAAUUUGCAUCGCCUGGUAUUACGAUUUCUUUCUUACUCAUUUGGAGUUCAAAUGACAAAUACAUUCAUACACUCUCAAAGUUCCCUCGUAAACCAUACCCGAUUCCAGACCAAAAGAGCAAAGUCUAUACCUGUUUUUACACCAAAACAAUGCAAAAACGAUAUCCUUUGGGGUGGCACAUACCUAUAUUUAUCCUAUCAGAUACCCCUAAAGUUGUUUAUUGAAGCAAUGGAUAAAUUUGUAAAUGAAGAUUACCAAGGUCAAGAAUCUUACUUAAAUGGGUACGCAAUGCAAGCCCAAAGUUUUCAUAAAUAACUAUUGCCAUUAGUCUUCAAGAAAUAUGAAGUAAUAUUAAAUUCUCAUUGUACACUAAACUAGUAGUAUGUAAUAAUGAAGUUAUGUUUAUCUCUUUAGUAUGCAAAAGAAAGCUUAACUGACAACAAUGUGCCAAGCUGUGCCUGUGCUAUUUGUCUCUGUCACUUUCAGGUAUUAAAGCUUAGAUACAAAUGAAAAUGUUUCAAAAAAUUAUGAUAAUAUUAUAUUUUCAGCACACCACACGACAUAAUCGAUUCAUUUUUAAACCCCUUCACCCCUGAUAAUGACCCAAAGUAAAAUCUGUAGGAAAAUUUCUUGCUGUAGCAUCCUAAAACCACCCUUUAAACCCCAAUACCCACAAAAAAAUUCUCCAAACAUUUCCUUAACAACCCUCCAAGUUAAAGUUUUUGCUUGGUCGCCAUUUGGCGACCAAUUCUGUUUGUGUAGGGAGACUUUUUUACAAGUCAAGUUGCCAGCUUCAAAAUUUUAGGCGCCAUGGUGACUAAAAUGGUCACAACUUGGAGGGUUGCUUAAAGAAUUAGUCGAGAGAGUUUGUUAACAGAUCAAAGUAUUUUCUCUUUAGUGAUCAUUUUAUUAAUUCUCAUAACCAUUUCUCUUGGUAACAUAUGGAUAUUGGUAGGAGAAAACUGAUGUUGGUCACAGUUGGGACUUAAAGGGUUAACUAGUACUAUGCAUACUCCCACCAAAGAGGUUUCAUUGAAUGGCAACACCAUAGUUCUGUGUCAUAAGUUAGUUGGAAAAGUGUUGUACUAAAUGAUUUAACACAACUUUAUGAAUCUCUUACUACAGGAAAGUGAUGAAUUUACCAAGACAGAAUGUUAUCACUACUUCCACUGUGGUUGCUUGGCAAGGUACAUAGAAUAUUCACUGCAACAAGAAGAUGAAAGGGAAGACAAAACCAAGGUACAGUAGUGGAAGUCAUACAUAGAGUGUAUUCAUUGUAAAGGGCAUUUUGACUUGGGGUAGGGUAGUAGGGGAGAGAACUUGCACAUUAACUGCCCCUGGGGGGGAGGGGGUGGGGUAAAAUGCUUUAAGGGACUAUGUCACCAAGGUAUUGCUGCUGUAAGUAAAUUCUCUGCUUAAGUCAUUACUAAGUAUCUUACCCAUAGACAACUUGCUCCUUUAGAGUUAUGAAGAAGAUAUUACAUACAUUUCAUCAGUUAGGAGAGCACUGACCAUAAUACAUAUUUGCUGUUUUGCGGGCAUAACACUUAAACUUGAAAAAAUAGGCCCAGUUUUUGCAAGUUUUCAAUCCAUGCCCAAUGCCAUCCAUAGCAGUAGAUGAAAGGAAACAGUUUCAAUGCCUCAAUAUAGUCUUAAAUAACAAAACUAGAACAUUAUAUGUAUUUGGAGUUCAACUGAUACGAAGAUACGUUUUUUUACUAUUUGAAAAGAUAGCAAGUAGCGUGAUAUAGCUCCUUUUUAUUUACAGUGGAAUGCCUUCUUUGCAGGUGGAGUGUCCCAUGUGUCGACUGCCAAUCACCUACAACCUCACACAACUACAAAGUUUUGCUUCAAAAGAGCUUAAGGAAGAGGAGGUCUGUUGUUUUUCACUUGAGAAAUGUGUCCAAGAAUGUGGCUGUUGCUUACAAAACUGUGCACGAAUGGUUGUCUUUUGUAUCUUUGCUUGUAUUAACACCAAAGGAGAAAUAGUUAUUUAUUCAAAUCCUCGAAGAGCGAUCAACCCGUAUAUUAUCACCCCUGUUAGGUUAGUAGAGCGAGCGAAACGCGUGCGAGCGUGAAAAUCACCCCACGCGAUAAAAGCGACACGCGGCGUGUCGCCUUUUCUCGCGUGGGGUGAUUUUCACGCUCGCUAGCCUUUCGCUCACUCUACUAUCCCUGAGAAAAAAUGGGGGACAACUCAUAGUCUACACCCCUUUGGAUGUUUUGUAUUUUAUCCUCAGACUUUCACACAGCUGUUUCAAGUACAUCUCCUUUUCUAUCCUACUCAUGCAUCGCAAAUGUGGUAAACAAAACAACAACAACAACAACUACAACAAGGAAGUGAUUGACAAGAUGUAGGCGGUAGAAAAUUCGGAAAUUUACGAAGCUUAAGUUUGAAGCUUUCCCGCGGAUAGUUUUAAAUGGCGUAAUCGCAAGAUCUGAUUAAAGACGAAGAAAAUGGGUGAAAAGAAAGGUGGAAAUUGUAGAUUGACGAGAAGUAUGUUUUAUUUAUUUUUCCAGAUAGUUUACAAACCAAGUGAAGAAAUAAGAAAACUUCAAAAGAAGAUGGCGUCUCUGUUUGAGAAGCAAAAGAAGAAAGGGGGGAUAAUUGACAUCGAACAAGAAAGAAACAGAUUUUUAAUCGACAUAACAUCGGUAUGUGGUAAAGCCUGUCAGAGGCAGACACAAGAUCAAACACCUUUUCCAGUAAAUUCAUUGUUAAGUCUAGUCACAGAUAGUGAUACAUGUAGCCGUUACUGAGCGAGGGAAAUACCAACGGACCAAUGAGAAUCCGAAGCAAAUACAUGAAGCCGAUGCUAAGCGCGGGAAAUACCGAUGAACCAAUCAGAAUUCGAAGCAAAUACAUAUGUAUGUAACUUGCACUAAGCUUGGCCACAUUAGGGUUUGGUUUUUAGUUUUCAUUGCAUGCAAAACCAAUCCAAUAGCGAAAUUAUGGAGGAAACUACAACAGCAAAACAAACAAAUGUCUCUUACAAGGCGGUUUGAGUAGCCAUACCUUUUGCCUUUAAUCGCGGAGCGCAAAGCGCAAAUUUUCUGCUUCACGUUCGGCUAAAUAAUAGGGACUGAAAGAUCCAACGACGCGAUGGUAACGAGAACGUCACUUAAAAAAGUGAAUUUACCUUUUUUAAGUCUUUAUCGCAAUUAUUCCUACCCACUUACUUUGUCAAAUGUAGGCGAAUCCUCCUGAAGUUCAAUUCCAAGGGACCAUAUCCAAGCUCAGAAAUUAAAAUGAAAUUUCGUCGUUGCUUGUUUACGUUCUCCAUAAAACGCGAAAUUGGGCAAUUUUACGUCGUAGUCGUGCUAAAACGGGAAAGAAAUGUUCAAAAAGCGUGAUGCACUUGUGCAGUUGUAGUUUUGCUCAGACCGAUUGUGUUUUAGACGUUCUCGUUGCCAUCGCAUUACUGGAUCUUAAGGCCUCUUUACAUGGAGGUGGGGGACCCCGGGCAGGUGAGGUAAGCCGCUGAAGUGGGGUAACCCGGCUGUCCAUCACUUUCACAUCAUCGGUGAGGUGACCAUAUGAGAGAUUAUAUGGACAGGCCUACCUGGGGUCCCCCACCUCCAUGUUAACAGGCCCUAAAAGGCCCUAAUGCCUGUUGUACUGACUACUGACUGAGACCGGAUGUUGUUACAACCAUUUCUCCAUAUGACGCAAUAAGUUAACAGGGACGGCGGAGCGCAAUUUCAACCUGGGGGGCUACGCUUGAAAACUCGUGCCGGAGACACGAGUUUGUUGGGAGGGGGGGUUUUGGGGGCACCCUCCCCGGAACAUUUUGAAAUGUAUAGGCUCGGAAACGGAAUUUUCAACACUCUCAAUGAGUUAUUUCUCUAAAAAAAAACUCAACCUGGAUAAGGUGUAAAAUGACAGGUACUUCUAGCGCUUAGAGUAUGUACCAGGAGGCGAUUACUUUAGCAAUCGGCUCCUGCAUGUACUUUAUACGUAAACAAAAACGUUUUUCCUCUAGAAAAGUGGGGGGGGGGGGGCUACCCCCGGCUCCUCCGUCCCUGGUUAAGGGCCAAGUUGAAGAUAUUAUGAAACAAAAGAAAAUAGAGUGAUUUUACCUAAGUUACGGUAAUAACAUACUACGCACUGUGUACUAAUUCCAUUGUCUUCUUUCGCAUUCACGGAUUAAGUAAAGGCACAAUAAAUAGCGUUAAGUGUUUGUUGUCAAAGAUUCUAGAGUAUCACAUGCAAGAAUUAAUUUAAAUCAUUUCUGUUGAUUGAUAGGUCCGUCAAGAGGAAACUUUGCCUGAGAGUGAACCCGACCUUGAAGCCGUUACAGACACUGUAAAAACAGAUUCCGUUGUAGAUCCCUGUACAAAUAAAGCCCCUAAACGAAAGAACGGAACUAAGGAAUAUAACGCAGAAGGUAAGCAUGUUCGCAGACAAAAACCCGAAAGGAGAGAGAAGAGAGACUUUUCUAAAGAUACGCGACCUUCUAGAGGGCAUCGGCGCCCCGCCUUUGACAGAGCCGGAAAUAAAUCAGAGGAAGAGAAAUUUAGACAAGAUAAACCAACAAUAGAGAAAAGACACGCAGCAGUAGAUAGCGGACCGAGGAGAGCAGAGAAGAAGGACGAAGGAAAAGGAGCUAUGAAGAGUUCUGAAGAACAAGGCAGAGCCGGUGCUGGUGGAAAAAUGUUUAGUGCGAAGUCGGGAGUAGAACUAGAGAGCAGAACAGAGACGAAGGACGAAGAGAAAGUGGCCAUUAAAAGUUCUGAAGAACAUCGCAAAGAUGCUGGUGAAAAUCAGGUUAAGGCUAAGCCGGAAGUAGAACCAAAGAGAAGAACCGAGAAGAAGGACGAAGGCAUAGUGGCCGUUAAAAGUUUUGAAGAACAAAGCAAAGAUGCCGGUGAAAAACAGGUUAAGGCUAAAUCGAGAGUAGGACCGAACACAAAGACUUCUGUUGCAGACGUCUCUGAGAAGGUUGCAAGUGCAGCGAACGUUUCUUCUAAAAAGGACAAUAACAGUUCUUGGCAAAAUUCAAACGGCGAAAGAGCUAGGUCUGCUAAAAAAAGACGAGGGAGGUCUGGAAAGGGAAGGACAUUGGGUGCGGAAAAAUGUGAAGUACGGAGUGGCAGCAGAGACUUAAAUGAGAAAACAACUUGUUCGGGUGACGACGGGGAGCAACAAACUGCUAAACCUCAGCCAUCACGAAACGUUACGUCUUAUCUAAAGACAAAUGCUUGCGGUAAAGCUGAUGCAACUGUAAACUCUAAGCAAGGGACAAGCGUUAGAGAGGACAUCGCUUGUAAGCCUCCCCCUGGUUUUGAGACUAAAAUGGUGGAUAAACGGGGGUCCGAACAAUUUAGAAAUGAUCCUAGAAGACCCCCUCCAGGUUUUGAAACACAUCUCUUACGACCUAGACCUCCACCUGGACUUGGCAGUCCAGUGGAAGGCCGGACAGCACAGAGCACAAGUCAAUCAGUCACAAGCUGACCAAUGUUUUAGGAAAUUUG